UCAAACAUGUUGGCUCAAGCAAUAGCUGCUUUAUUUAAAUAUAAAGUUGUGGCUAGUGUCAUUGUUCUUGCAUGUUGGACUCCGUCGGAUCAGGUGAAUUUUAACAAAGAACUCGGAAAACACGGUCUAAUAGUAACAUUUUCUUGCGAUCCAUCCAUAUUAGAACAUUCGUCCCAUCCUCAUCUCCAAGGAGUUCUGUUUAUGCCAUCAGAGAACCGUCGCUUGCGAAAGAUGAAAACUGAGUAUUUUGGGUAUUGGUACAAAUGGAUCAUAGUUGGCCAAGAGUUACCAGAGUACGUCGGUUACAUGAGAUACGACGCGGACGUCUUUCUUAUUAGGACUCCGGAUAAUUCAACACAGACUGAAUCUGAUGGAAAUAGAAUCAUAAAAGACGUACCCAUAGAUGAUAUAUAUUUCCAUCCUGGAGAGGGCGUGUCCUCACAUCCCUGGGGAUCCUGGACGGUCGCAGGACUACAGAUCUUGUAUGAAAAAGAAAGAAUUCAAAGGCGACGCAACUUAAGAAGAUAUCCGCUAAGAAUUGCAACUCCUAUAGGAUCCUAUUCUAAAGACACCUAUAAUGGCACCUUCCACACCUACAUCACGGAUAUUAAGAUUCCUGAGCGAGAUUCAGCAAUACGGAGCAGUUAUAACUCCUGCUUGCUGAUCAGCGAAAUACUCAACGCAACUGACGUGUUAGUUCCUACAAUGUUGUGGAGCACGGAAAUUAAUAAUAGCAGUAUGAUGUUGGAACUAAGACUUGGGGCUUCGGAACUCGCUGGUGGAGUUCUUCGUAUGACAAAUGAGAGAAUUCUCAAACUUGAUUACGUGAUGUGUAUUUGGCCGUUUAGCGUCGGUUUUACUUACCUCGCUGAAAGAGAAAGCAACAACAACAUGUUCUUAGAGCCUUUCACACCCAAAGUCUGGCUGUGCUGCCUUGGACUGUUCGUCAUUUUAGCGUUAGCACAACGCGCCACUGCAAGGACGAAACAUGAAAAAGAUGGCGCGUAUAUCGCUGUGUUAGCUACAACAUUGCAACAAGACGCGAGUGCCGUACCGGCAGGUAUAUCAGGACGCUGGACGUUUCUAGUCCUCUCGGUAUUUUCUAUCCUGAUUCACGGAUAUUACACCUCCGCGAUAGUAUCCGGCCUGAUGAACGCUGGUAGAGGCGGCCCGAACUCUCUGCGGGCACUAGGGGAUUCCAAAUACGCAAUCGCUUCUGAGGAAUACGACUAUAUGAAAUACACCAUGUUUGAUGUGGAGACAAAUUGGGAUGAUUUGGAAUAUUUAAAGAAGAAAAAACUAACCAGUACAUUCUACCAGGAUAUCAAAGUCGGAGUUCAGCUCAUGAGGGCUGGUAGUACAGCAUUCCAUUCAGAAUACAACCAGCUUUAUCCUCAUUUAAAGUCCUUUACUGACGAUGAAUUGUGCAAGUUGCAAAGUGUUGAUACCAUUCCAGAGAUAAAUUCAUGGGUGACAACGAUGAAACGAGGACAAUGGACACCAGCCUUUAGGAUAGCUGGUGCCUGGCUCCACGAGGUCGGCUUAGCAAAACGGCUGGUCAACCACCUCCGUAUAAAACCUCCUCCGUGUCGAGCCGCCCUACUGGCUGAGAGGGUCAAUUUCGAUGACGUCACGCCAAUUAUCUUAAUUUAUGUAGCAGCUAUAGUAACAUCCGUCAUUUUUAUGUUAAUCGAAAUUACAGUCGCUAAUUGGCGAAUCGGCCAUAACUGAUUUGAAUUUAAUGAUUGUCCAAUGUUUUAAAAUAAGUUAUAGGUAUAUCUGUCGUAGUAUUUUUAUUCAACUAGUUUAUACACAUCGCGAUAUAUUAUUUUAGAAUUAUUGUUACCAGAUUAUCUGCAAACUGUGAGCAUUUGUAAAGAAUAUGGCUGGAAAUUUAAAUUGCUAGAUUAUUAGGAAUAGUUUUAUUUUAUUUAAUGCCUUAUCAGGAAUUCCUACACAGAACAGGCUUACUUAGACAUAGGACCCGUUGAGAUGGACGUCUCUUAUCAGUUACGACGUGCUUUCAGACAGAUUACAAUAAGAUUAUAGAUCUCAUUACCAUUUAAAUAUCAGUUCGAAAAAAUACUAAGUAAUAUUGCGCAAGACUCGAUAAGGUACACAAUGUCAUUCUUGCUACACAUUUUUUUCAUGACGAUCGGCCUUUGUUACGCAACAAAUUGCUAUGAAUUGCAACAAUCACAUAUCUCGUCUCUCAAUGACCGAAUGGCUCACAUGCUAAACUCGUUUUACACACCGUUACCGAAUUCACCACCGAUGCCGGUCCCGAUACCGGUUGCAACGGAUUAUCCGAACCCGUUCGAUGUGAACCCAUAUCAGUAUACUUCACCCAGUAUUCAGUACGGCUCACCGGCUUUCUACAGUCCGCAAAUGUUUCCGAAACCAGCUAUGAAGCCGUACUAUAACUCGCAGCCAAAGGAAUAUCCGGUUAUCAAUUGGGGAAAUUUUUACGAGAAUUAUCCCGUUUAUCCCGAUUUCGAACGUCCACAAUUUAGUCCACCGAUGACGUAUCCGACCGCUCCCCCGCCGUACGCUCCGACUCCAUACUCACCUCCUUGCACUCCCAAUCCCCCCAUCCCCUCUUAUCCAUCAUGGGAAUAUCCUGCUACCCCCGAAUAUUCAUACAGCUAUCCCACGUAUCCUCCUCCUCCCUCUCAAUUCACCCAGUACACGUUACCCUCGCCUCCACCAGCGUCAUACCCCUCGCCUUUGUACCACAGAUACGCGGAGAUCGGCCCACCAGUCCCUUAUAUAUACUAAACCUAAUCUAAAUUCUAUAUAUCAAUGCCUUAGUUUAAGUAAUUUAUCCCAGAGCGAAUCAUAAACCUUUAAAA